AUGUCUGUCUCCACGGCCGCCGAGGCCGAGAUCAAGCGCAACCCGCACCCAGACUUCAAGAAGGUCGAGGGCUCGCGGCCAGACUGGGACAAGAACGCGUCCUUCCACUACACCAAGACGGCGAACCCGGACUGGAAGUUCGGGACCGGGGCCAACGACCUGCACCCGACCGGCGCCAAGCACGUGUCCAUCGACCCGUACGAGGAGGGGCGCCCGGCGCCGUUCAACUACAAGCUCCUGAUCUCGGGCGUCGUGCCGCGGCCGAUCGGCUUUGUCAGUACCGCGAGCCCGGACGGGCAGGCGACCAACCUCGCGCCCUUCAGCUACUUCAACGUCAUCAACCACGACCCGCCCCUGUUCGUGCUCGGGUUCGCCGCCACCAAGGACAAGCCCAAGGACACGCUGAAGAACCUGCUCGAGAGCGGGGAGUGCACUGUCAACAUCAUCAGCGAGGGCUUCAUCGAGGCGGCCAACGCGACCAGCGUCGAUGCGCCGUAUGGUGCCAGCGAGUGGGAUGUGAGCGGGCUGACGCCCGUGCACGACUGCAAGGAUGUCAAGGCCGCGCGGGUGGGAGAGGCUGUCUUCAGCGUUGAGUGUAAGCUGGAGAGCGUCCGGGAGUUCGAGAGCAGGGCUACCCCCGGCAAGAAGACGGGGUGUCUGGUUGUGCUGGAGGGGACGAGGUUCUGGGUCCGAGAGGACGCGAUCAACGAGGAGAGGAGCAUUGUCGAUCCCGAGGUCCUGAAACCGAUUAGCAGGCUGGGCGGAAUUACAUACGGUAGGCUGACGGAGGCUCUGGAGAUCCCCAGGCCAGUCUUCGAGAAGGACGUCGGCGGGAGAGAAGGUUAUGAGAAGCUCAAAAAGACACAAGAAUAG